GUCCCCCGAAACGUUUUAGACUCUACUCAAUGUCACUACCAUUAUCACUAUCAUUGCUAUUUUGAAGCAGAUCGCCACAACAUGCCCAGUUUUAAAGAUAAAGUUGUAAUCGUUACGGGUGCGAGUUCGGGAAUUGGAGCUGGCACCGCUGUCCUCCUUGCCAAACUUGGCGGGCUCCUCACGAUCGUGGGCAGAAAUGUGGACAAGCUUAAGGAAACCGCGGACCAGAUCGUGGCCGCUGGAGGAGCCCCUGCCCUUCAGGUGGCGGCAGACAUGAACAACGAGUCUAAUGUCCAGGAAAUCGUGUCCGCCACGUUGGCCAAGCACGGACGAAUUGACGUGCUGGUGAACAACGCCGGAAUCCUCGAGCUGGGCAGCAUUGAGAACACCAGUCUGGAGCAGUACGACCGUCUGAUGAACACCAAUGUGCGGGCGCUCUACCACCUGACCUUGCUGGCCACUCCAGAGCUGGUCAAGACGAAGGGAAACAUCGUAAACGUUUCCAGUGUCAACGGGAUCCGCUCUUUCCCCGGCGUCCUGGCCUACAAUGUCUCCAAGGCGGCAGUAGAUCAGUUCACCAGGUGUGUGGCUCUAGAGCUGGCCCCCAAGGGCGUCCGCGUGAACUCCGUCAAUCCCGGCGUGAUCAUCACCGAGCUGCAGCGUCGCGGUGGCCUCGAUGAGACGGCCUACGCCAAGUUCUUGGAGCACGCCAAGAACACCCACGCUCUCGGUCGUCCCGGGGAAGUCAAGGAGGUGGCUGCGGCCAUCGCCUUCCUGGCCAGCGACGAGGCCAGCUUCAGCACUGGAAUCAGCCUGCCCGUGGACGGAGGUCGUCAUGCCAUGUGCCCCAGAUGAGAAACGAGCGGACCACCAAAUCUUGUUCGUACACACUCUUUGUAAAGUUACCCAGUCAGAAAACAUUCCUUCAAUAAAAACUGAAAAAAGAUCUAACUAGA